GAGCAGCCGCCGCCGCCGCCCAGGAAGCAGCAGCCGCCCGGGGUCUGCCUCGUCGCCACCGGCCCGGGCUCCGUCGCGCUCACCGUCCCCCCGGCCAAGCUCGUCGACCACCGGCGCGGCCGCACCGCCACCGAGGUCUUCGACGGCUUCUCCGCCGUCCUGCCGCCCAACUCCUCGCAGAAUGAUAUCUUUACUCAAGUGAUGAACCCGCUAGUGGACGAGUUCUUGGGAGGAAAGAGCGGGCUUCUGGUUGCGAUGGGUCCGACGGGGUCCGGCAAGACGCAUACCGUCUUUGGUACUGCGAGAAAUCCCGGCCUGGUACCGCUCACGCUACAGAAGAUCUUCGCCGCGGCAGAUGAAUCCGAAGGUGGCAACCAAUCGCCAAGGUCAUUUUACUUGUCAAUGUUCGAGAUUCUCUGUGAAGGAAAAGGAGAACAGAUUCUCGAUCUUUUGUCUGGUGGAGCAGAGCUGGUCCUCCAGCAGUCAGCAACAAUUAAAGGCCUUAAAGAGGCGGCCAUUUCAAGUGCCAUGGAUGCUGAGAGCGUAGUUUCACGUGGCAUGCUUAAGCGCAGCACAGCUGCAACUGAUGCUAACAGCGAGUCAAGCCGGUCACAGUGCAUCAUAACUAUACGUGCUGUUCAUAAAAAAAUUGAACAACAAAGUGAGUACCCUAUUAGUGGAUCUGUCCUGACCAUUGCAGACCUUGCUGGGGCAGAGCGAAAAAAGAAUACUGGAAAUAAGGGUUCAAGGUUGCUGGAGAGUAACUUUAUUAACAAUACGUCAAUGGUUUUCGGUCUAUGUUUGAGGGCUUUAUUAGAUCAUCAGAAAAAUCAGAAGAAAACCUUGGAGAAACAUUUUAAGAACUCAAUGUUGACAAGGUACUUGAAAGACUACCUGGAAGGAAGGAAGAAGAUGACUCUGAUUUUGAACGUGAAACCAGGAGAAGAUGAUUACGCAGAUACAUCAUAUUUGCUCAGACAAGCAUCUCCUUACAUGAAAAUAAGGUACACCAGCCUUGAUGAAUCUUCUGACUUGGUUUCCCAAAAGAGAACCAAUGUUUCCCUGGUUUGCCAAGAGAACAAGAAAAAAAGGAAGGUUAACAAGCCCGAGCCUGAAGUUGUUACGGCUGAAGAAAAGGAGCUGCAAAGAGUGCUUCGAAGUGAACAAAUCAUGAAGAACCUUUUCAAUGCUUUAUGGACUGUUUCAAAACAAAAGAUUUCAGAGUCUGAGGUUGCUACUAAAAGCAUGCGAGAGUUGCUCAAAGAUAAAGACACUGAAAUUCUAGAGCUGAAAAAAGAGUUGGAUGACCUGAAGUUUCGUUGUUCACACGUUAAGCAAAAUGAUGCUGCAUCAAUUGCUAUAAGCUCGGUUGUUCAAACUGACCUUGCCAGUGACGCUGCAUUAAACAAUUUCCAUAUAAUGGGACAAGUGGGCAACAAGGAAUCUGAUGGUUCUGAGAGUUGUUCUGAACAAACAUCGGCACCUGACGGUGGUGUAACACAUGCACCCAGUCAUUUGGAUGAUCCAUCUGAGACAAGCUUUACAGAACUUCAUAUAGUUCCAUGUAAUCUGUCCGCACAGUUUACUGAUAUACAAGUUAGCGAGAAAGCUCCCGUGGAACAAAGUGAAGAAGAGGAGUUAAGCAGCAAUACAGAAGUGAAGAGUAUUCAACAUGACGUCGACAUAAAAGAAAUGAAGCAGCAUGAUUAUCAAAGUUCAUCUCAGCAACCGAACUCUGGCGCUGAAGACGUUAGCUCCGAUCAGCCUUUCUUAGAGUUGCAAGGCAUGGGUGCUGCUCACCAGAAUCCUGAUGAACUGGUGCCUGAGCCAGAAAUUUGCGAGCCCACGGUAAAGGAGGCUGCUGCAGAACACGCACAUGGCCGACAUGUACCAGAUGAAGGGCUUCCCCAGACGAAGGCUUCAAUAGCUCCAACCAAGGACUGCCGGGCAGAAGGAACCGCGGAUGACCAGAAGGAGAACCUUUGCCAGGAAGAAGCAAAUGAGGACCUUUGCGCUUCGAAGCCUCGCGAAAACACGAAGAAGACGUCAAGGAGGAGGCUGCUGCCUGUGUCGGCCAUGAUGCUCAAGGAGUUCACCGGCCCUGCCAUUGGUUUGGACGGAGGAGGCGCCAAGGCAUCGUCGGGCGAGCAGUCGGCGAUGGCUGCUGGGCGAUCGGACGCACUCAUCCGGCUCCUCAAAGCAAAAGCCCCGCCCAUGAGGCAUCGCCGGGGCUAGGAAGAACACCCGCCCACUCAAUUAGAUAAAAUUCAGACCGUCAAAUCAUCUUGGUUUGGUGUAGUUAUUAGUAAUUCUCCACGGUGGGUUGCUUCUGUAGGAUCUUCACCAAGUCCAGUUGACAAUUAAACUUUUGGUGACACAUGGAAAUUUAUCUUUCUAAGAAGCGCUCUCAUCAUCAUGCGUGCAUUCAUAUAGUUUGGGAUGUUUUAUCGGUACUGAGGAACUAUAUAGUGAAAAGAAGAUGGCAUCUGAGCCGUAGUCGGCACUUUAUUCCAUUUUUUUAAAGCAAAUGCACCCAUAAGUUUAAACGAUAUUCUCCAUUUUUUUUG